AUGGCCUUUCAGUGUGGAGCGAGGAUGCGAGUGUCCCUAGGUGUGAAGUUUGCACUGACAGGCUGGGGGUGGGGUAAGUGCUGGGGCCCAGGACCUUCUGGAGUGGCCCCAGCAGAGGUCUUGGAUAGAUUUAUAUGCCUAAGAACCCCCUUUCAGUUCCUCCCUGGUCCCGGAGGACUUUCUCCUGUGUCUCCUGGGGAAGGCCUUUCAGAUGCCUUAGAGGCCUCCAGGAGAGAGUCCCGUACUGUCCCCAGCCCCACGCAGCGCUCCCACCUCACAAGCUUGCUGCCUUCUUGCACUUGCAGCCGCCAGCACCACCCCGGUUCUCUGUGGAGCCGCUUCCACUCCCGAUGUGAUUACAAUGGAAAGAACAGGGAGAAGGGCAGGCCUGGUGCCCAGGGAAUAGUCACACUGGUGAACCGCCUCUCCUCAGCUCCGUUCGCCUCCCCACAUCCUGAGGCUGAUCCGGAGUUAAAACUUGUGUCAGCCAGUUGCCCCUCGGGCCUGCACAGAUACCUCAUCCGCCCGCUGCCCGUGCCCCUCUCCGUCCCCAGCAGUGGGGGCUCUGAAUCUAGUGCCGAAUGA